UCUUCUUUCUUCCCGCUGCAGCCACCCGAAAGAAAAAAAAAAGGAACCCAGCCAUGCCUUGGAAAACCGGUGAGAAAGCUUGGUUUUUGGCCUUCUUUUCUUGCUCUAGAACACAAAUUGAAUCCAGAAAUUCUCCCCCCUGCUGGAAAAUCCGGAUCUGCUUUGCUCUGUCCGCUGGCUACUCUUGUUGUGGGGGCGAAUUGCUUUGAUUUUCUGAUUUCCCUUGAAUUUCCCCCAAAUUCCCGCCGGCUUCUUCUCCCCCGCCAGGCCCAGUGCUGCAGCUGGAAGUUCUGGUAUGUUGACAGCCCCUCCAAGCUUGAAAUUUCAUCAAUUGGUUGCUGAAUUAGCCAUCUAAUUGCUACCUUGUGUGUCCCAAUUUUGCUGGAAAAAUGGGGGAAUUCUGGUAGCUUUAGGAUAAAGUUUAAACAUUAAUUCAAGUGGGAUUUAUGUGAUUGAGUGUUAAUUGCUUGCUGUGAAUUUUUGGAGAGAAAUCUCGUGAAUUAGCCAUGGUUGCUGAUCGUUCUGUCAGUUUAGCACUGAGAUCGAAUCUUCAGUUUUAUGCGAGUGAGGAAACGAAACCGAGGACGGGGAAACCAUGGGAAGUGACGAGUUAGAAGGCUAGCCAUUUCGAGAUUGAUAUAGAUUCUAGAAAUAAAUCAUGAUCUUGUAAACUAUAGUGUAUUUGGAGAUUUUAUGAUAUCAAAGCAGAUUUUAAGAUUUU